AUGUCAAACAAUCAAAGCCUCAAAUUUAAUUUUCGGGAUUACGAAAUAGAAGAACCUCCUCCGUUCGAAAAAUUACAAACAAUUAUGGAUGAAAGUGAGGAAGCUUUUGAAGAUUCGGAAUUUCCAGCAGAUAUGACCAGUGUUUAUAAACCGAAUCAAAAGCCACCACCAGGGGCAAAACGGAUCAAGAGCUGGCUCCGACCUCAUCAAAUUAAUGGUGUUUAUAAUCCAUCUCUGUUUGUAGGGGAUGCAUCGACACAGGACGUUACUCAAGGAGGAUUAGGUGAUUGUUGGUUCAUUGGAGCUCUCUGUGUCUUAUCAGAGAGAAGAGAUUGGAUUGAAAAAUUAGUUGUUUCCUUCCCCAAGCAUCGUUCGAGAGGAAAAUAUACUUUUAGAUUCUUUAGAGAUGGACAGUGGGAAUAUGUCACUAUCGACGAUCGUCUUCCUUGUGACAUUAAGGGAAAUUUAGUGUUUGGAAAAUGUUCUGAUCCAAAUGAGUUAUGGGUUCCUCUAAUCGAGAAAGCAUUUGCAAAAUUUUAUGGCUCAUAUGCAUCUAUUGAGGGAGGAUUUGUCCGAAAUGCUUUAGUGGACAUGACAUCGGGCGUGUCUGAGAUGGUGGACAUUAAGAAAAAAUCAUUAGACGAAUUGUGGAUCUAUCUCAAUAGAAGAACAAAUCAAUCAGCCUUAUUAGGCGCAAGUGCAACCUCGUCAGGAGGAGAAGCCAAAAUUGCAGAUACUGGACUAAUGGCGGGUCAUGCAUACGCUGUUCUUCAGUGCUUUGAGGUUGGAAAUGUCAGGUUAGUUCGGUUGAAAAACCCUUGGGCACGAGGUGAAUGGACCGGAGCAUGGUCUGAUAAUUCCAAAGAAUGGGCAGAAAAUCCCAGGGUGACCGAAAUUGUAAAGCCCAAUUUUUCUGAUGACGGAACCUUUCAUAUUUGCCUCGAAGAUUUUUGUAAAUAUUUCACCAACUUAGAUGUAUGUCUAUUGAUUAAUGACCCAAAUGAAACAUUCACAGACCCUAAGGAAACCAAUCGAGCACAAAGCUGGCAAAGCACGACCCGUUGGGGUCAAUUUAAUGGAGAAGGUUUAUUCACUGCCAACACCCAAGAUUCCAGAAAGGGCCCUCAAUUUCACUUGUACAUUAGUGACACCAGCGAUAUAAUUGUGAGCUUAAUGUUACACUCAUCGAAAUAUCUUGGCGAAUCCAAAGAAAAGGAUUUUCCGAUUGGCUUCCAUGUUAUGAGAUCGGAAGGAGAAAUGCAUCGAUGCUUUUUUGCUAAACAGGCAAACGUUGCAUUUAAGAGCACCUUCGAGUAUAGUAGAGAAAAUACUGUAAAAUUCAAACAACUCAGUGCAGGUCGAUAUACAAUCAUUCCGUCCGUAUACUUUAAGCAAAAGGUUGGAAAGUUCAUAUUGAGGGUGUUUGUGGACAAACGAGUGAGGGAAUUUUCUCUAAACCUACUUCCUCCAGAGCAUGAAUGUUAUCAUGUCCGUAGCAUAGAUGGAUCCUUUGACCAUUCAACAAGUGGAGGAUGUAUGAAUUCUUGGAGGUGGUUGCUAAAUCCUCAAUAUAUUUUACACAUUAAGAGUGAACAGAUCUCUAAAAUAAGGGUGCGAGUCAGCAUCGAGCAGAAAAAAGAACCAUUCGAAUAUUUAGGAAUGUACAUUCUCAAGGGUAACGAUCAAGGACAAACUAAACCCGUUUUUGAAAACAAAGAAGCAGCUCCACCUCUUCCAUUUGUAAAUAGAAUUGAAAAUAUUAAUGAGGAAACAUUCGAAAUGGAGACUGGAAAGAAUUACGUUCUUGUUCCAUGCACCUUUAAACUUGGAAUUUUGAUGGAAAAAUUUACAAUACGAUGUUAUGUGCCAAGAAAUUCAAGCAUUGCAGAGUCUCAAAUUUCUCUUGAAUUGGCCACAAGUUCUGUGUACAAGAGAGUCACACUUCAAAGUGAAUGGAUCGCCAACUCAGCUGGUGGUUGCCCCAACAAUGUGGACACUUUUUGGAACAAUCCAAAGUGUUUGGUGACAGCUCAGAAAGAUUGUGAGGUUGAUAUUUUACUCUGUCAAGAAGAAAAGGACGGUAAGCUGGCUGCAGUUGGAUUUCAUGUGUUUAAAGGAGCCAUGAAACCUUCAAACGUUUAUGCAAAAACUCCAUCUUGGGGAUUCCAAAGAAUUGCUUCCCUUACUGUGUCUCUGCAAGCAAACAUUGCACACUAUAUUAUUCCCUCGACAUAUCAACCAGGUGACGAGAGGAAAUUCACCCUUAUUGUUUAUCAUACGAAUGAUUGCAAGUUUGCUCUGCUGUGA